AUGGCGGCGACCAACAUCGGGAUGAUGGACGGCGCCUACUUCGUCGGGCGCAACGAGAUCCUCGCGUGGAUCAACACCACGCUGCAGCUCGGCCUCUCCAAGGUGGAGGAGGCGGCGUCGGGCGCGGUUGCGUGCCAACUGAUGGACGCGGCUCAUCCUGGCGCCGUGCCGAUGCACAAGGUCAAUUUCGACGCCAAGAAUGAGUACGAUAUGAUCCAGAACUACAAGGUCCUGCAGGAUGUGUUCAACAAACUCAAGAUCACGAAGCACAUAGAGGUGAACAAGCUUAUCAAAGGAAGGCCACUUGACAAUCUGGAGUUCAUGCAGUGGAUGAAACGAUAUUGUGAUUCUGUCAGUGGUGGCUUCAUGAGCAACUACAAUGCUUCUGAGAGAAGGGAAAGCAGCAAAGGGGGAAAGGAUACCAACAGAAGGGCAUCGGUGCCCUCUCACACGCCGGCCAAGUCUGCUUCCACAGGUCAUAAGGCUCAAGCCUCACAUGGUGCUAAGCGGGCAAGUGGGCAGACGGCUAGUGCACCACAACGCAGUGCUAAGCCAUCACCUGCACCUGCCAACUCUGGUGGACCAGCUUAUGAUGAACAAAUAACUGAGCUGAAGCUCCUUGUUGACAGCCUGGAGAAGGAGAGAGAUUUCUACUUCUCCAAGCUGCGGGACAUUGAGAUCCUGUGCCAGAAUCCUGAGGUUGAGCACGUGUCGGUCCAAGCUAUCCAGAGCAUACUCUACACAUCAGAGGAGGACGCUCAGCAGCAGCCUCCGGCCCUGAGCCCCAUCAUGGAGGCGUCCGAGGAGAGGCCGAAGCAAGAGAUGGCGCACAAGAGAAAGAGCAUCUCGGACCUGGACGAGUGUGGUGUGUCAUCCAGCUCAAGGCAGAGGCUCUCCGACAUCUUGGACGUGCAGCUGUGUGGAUCCCCGCUGACGAGUUUCAGCUGA